GGGCUUGUUUGAGCUUGCCGGCUUGCGGCGGGUGAACCUCGCGUACAACUCGCUGACGGCGGUGCCGUCGUCGCUGCUCAAGCCGCCGCUGCCAAAGACGGCCAUGCUGGUCAUCUCGCUGGCGCACAACAAGCUGACCUCGAUUCCGCGGGCGUUUUGUUCGGCCUUUCCCAACCUUCAGAUCCUGGACCUGCGGCACAACGAGCUGACGGCUGCGCCGGUGGACUUGCACCUCUGCCCCAAGCUCGACUCGCUGCUCCUCGGCUUUAACAAGCUGCCGUACGUCGACUGGAUGGUGUGCCAAGCUGUCAAGCUGCGGACGCUGGACGUGUCCGGCAACACGCUGACGGUGGACGACAUACCCGACGCACUGUCGCGGCUGACGGCGCUAACGACCCUCCAUCUCGAGGACAACAAGCUGAGCGCGAUUCCGCCUGCUUUGUACUCGCUGGUCAACCUCCAGCACCUCAACUUGUCGGGCAACUCGAUCGAUUACUUUGACGCCGACAUCAAGGCUAUGACCGGGCUGCGGUCGCUCAACCUCUCGCGCAACGGGUUCCACAAGCUCCCACCGAUGCUCUGCCGCAUCACUUCGCUCGUUCGACUCGAUCUCAACGGCAACGAGCUGACCGGCGACGGCAUCUCGCUUUCGAUGCGAUACCUGACAAACCUGGAGGUACUUUCGCUCUCGAACAACAAGCUCGAGACGGUCCCGCGUGCCCUGUUCAUCUGCUCAUCGCUGGUCAAGCUUGACCUGUCGUACAAUGGGCUUAAGACGGUACCGUCUGCGGUGUACAAGCUGACCAAGCUGAAGAACCUCAACGUGACCGGCAACCCCGAGUUUGUCAUGCCGCGGCGGCGCGAGGUACCCGCAGGCUAUUUUACCGUCGACGAGGAACAUCUCAAGCACAUCAUUGUGACCCAGAAGGAGAAACUGGCUGCCAAGGCGGCGCGCAACCGCACCCGGCGAGCCGCGGCGCUGCGUGGCGGCGCGUCCGGCGUGCUUGAUGCAAAGAGCGAAGCUGCUAUGCUCGGCGCGCGUCGGCGGGCUGCGGCGCUGUCGUCGACGUCCGCGGCUGCAUUUGUCUCGGCGAUGGCAGCGAACACAAACCAUCAGUCGAUCGACUUUGACGAUGAUGAUGACGAUGACGAUGACGACGACGACGACGGCGCCGGCCAAGGUGACGUCGCAGAAAGUCAAGAUCAGGGCGAAGGAGCUAGUGGCGCCGAUGCCGGACUUGCGAUAGGCGAGCGUGCAGGCUCGCGACCAAGCUCGUGUGCGUUUGUCAACAAGCGGCUCUCGACGCUCUCCGCGAGCUCGUUCAGCUCUGGACGGCGGAUGUCGUGGUCGAUGCAGGCGCGCAAGCUUGUGGACUCGGACUCGGACGACGAGGACGAGGAGGAUGCGGCGGCCGAAGCCGAGGCGCUGCUUGUGGCCGAGGCUGCAGCGGCCGAAGCGCGGUCGUGGCAGAACAUUAUCCAACGUCCCAAGAUGGACUACUCGGAAGUCUUUGGCGAGAUCGAGGCCGAGGAAGGGUGACGGUGUGGCGGGUGGAAAAGUUCCAGCCGAUAGAGCUGGACGAAGACGAGUACGGGAUUUUCUACUCGGGUGAGGCGUACCUCAUUCUUGCUGGCGAGUGGAACGAGGAGCUGGACAACCUCGAGUACCGGGUCCUGUUUUGGAUUGGCAACGAGUCGCCACUGGACAAGCGGGCAUGCGUGGCGAUGCACGCGGUCCAGCUGUGUGCGUACAUAGGAACGCGCGAGAACUCGAUCCGCGAGGAAGAGGGCGACGAGUCGGAGGUCUUCAAGCGAGUCUUUGCCGCCUUUGACCUCGAGUACGAGGACGGGUGCUACUUUGAGUCCAUGCUUGACAAGGUUGUCUCCAAGAGCUUCUCGCCCAAGCUCUACUCGAUUUGUCCGACGACGCAUCGGCCGCUACUGAUUGACUUUGACCUUGAGGCCAUGGCCACCAACGACGUGUUUGUGCUCGACACUGGCGAUGUCAUCUACCACCUCAACGGCAAGGACGCAACGUUGGUGCACCGCGCUGUGGCGCGGCUUUUCUGUGACGACCUCGCCAAGGAGCGCAAGGAGGGCCACGUCCGCAUUGUGGAUGUGGUCGACGCCAAGGCUGCGCGCUCGGCCGACUAUGACGAGUUUGUCUCGUACUUUGACGACGAUGAUGACGACGAUGAGUACGAGUACGAGGAGGUCGACGACGACGACGACAACGACGAGGCUGGUGAUGAUGCACUUGCCAACGCUGACGAGGCCGUGGACGACGGAGGCGUCGAAAGCGGAGCUGAAAGCAAAAGCGACGGUGACGACGAAGCCAGCGUUGGAUCUGAAGAUGGAGUGCCGUCACAUGGCAAGGCGGCAGCAGAGGCAAAGAGCGCGACAGGAGCGGCCACAACAACGGCGCCGGCCAGCGAAAGACCUGGCCAUGCGAGCGCGGCCGAGAAGGAGAACGUCCGCGCCAACCUGUACCAAGUCGACGUCGGCUCAUGCCUGGAGCUUCCACAAGUGGACGGCAAGCUCUCGCGGACGAUGCUCAAGUCCGAGUCUGCAUACAUUCUCGACUGCCGGACAGAGCUGUACGUGUGGCUGGGCAAGAAGACGCGGCGGCUGCAGAAGCGGGCUGCGCUGGCGUUUGUGCGCAACUUUCUCAUCAUCUUUAAGCGGCCCGAGUGGACGACGAUGACGCGGGUGCUCGAGUCUGCCGAGCCGAUGGUGUUCAAGUCCAAGUUUUCGGACUGGUUCAAUACGGACGGGCUGAAGGUCAACUACGGACGGACGCUCCGCGGGCGCGGAGCCGAGGAGGAUGCGAUGUCGCUAACUGCGAUCGGCGGGCACACCCACGCGUACGACAUGCCGCAGCGGGCCCAGAUGAGGUUCAACAUCUCGGAGCUCUUUGCUCCGCCGCUGGAAGCCGCGGGCGGCAACGGCACGAGUGGCAACAGCAACGGACACGGGAGCAACGGGCAUAGUGGCCAUGGGGCUACUAACGGGCACGCCAAUGGGAUCGCCAACGGACGCGGAAGCGGACGCGGAAGCGGAAGCGGGAGCGGAAGCGGAAGCGGAAGCGGAAGCUCUGGCAUCAGCUUCAGCUCGGGCGAGUCGGUGGUGUACAAGGGUGUGUUUAAUGGCUCACGCUUUGUAGACGUCAAGCACGAGGCAGUAGGCGAGUUUUACUCGCACGCGGCGUAUGUGCUUGUCUCAGCUGGCGACGACAGGCGGAGUGCGACGGCGUACUUUUGGGAAGGCGCACACGCACCAAAGAAGGCCUGGCUCGCGUUUCAGUUUGGGACUGCGGCGUAUGUGGAGCGGCUGCUUGACCUCGGCUUUGGCGUCCACACGCGACCGACUCGCGUGACACAGCAGCACGAGCCGCCGGCGCUUCUCUCUGCGCUCGGCUCUGCCGUAGUGGUCUACAACUCGACUCGCGAGGCUUGGCCAGACGAGAUCAACGGCCUGGCGAAUCGCGACGAGCUUGCACCCGAGGACGACGAGUACUACUCGGACGACGAGGAUGGCGAUGGCGGCAUCGGAGCUGAUGGCGACGGCAGCGGCAACGACGACGACGACGACGACGACGAUGAGUACGUGUACGAGGAGGUGGACGACGACGACGAUGAUGAUGACGACGACGACGACGACGAUGAUGACGACGACGAUGAGGUCUUUGUUCAGGUUGCGCGGCGGCGGGCAAAGGCUGCCGGCAAGGAUCCCGAGGAAGCCGAGGAAAAGGCACGCGAGCUGCUUGCAGCGCGGCGGGCAGCGGCCGACAACGAGGACGAUGACGGUGACGAGGAGAGCGAUGACGAGGACGACGAGGAGAUGGACUCUGACCUCGAGGGCGCGUCAUCGUCGGGCUCGACUGUGGAAGGCAGCGAGCUCGGUGUGAUGGAGACAUCGUUUGCAGCGGCGACGGCCGGAGUGUGGCGGCGGUCGAUGGCUGUCGAGGCCGAGGCGCCGGUCAAGAAGCGGCGGCGACGGCGGCGGCGAAUCAAGCAGAAGGUUGCGGUGGAGCUGUCAACGGUCGUGGAUGCUACGCGUAAGGCCAGCGAGGCCCAGCGAUGGACAACACCGCGGCUGUUCCAAGUCCAAGUCGUGCCGACAGCCUCGGGUGCGGCGGUGCGGGUGCUGCAAGUUGAGGCGCGGACCUCUGUGCUCCGCGCAGCGCCAUCCGCCACGUUUGUGCUCCGCGCCCGGAACCGAGUUCUUGUCCGCGGCGAGCUUGCGAAUGCGUCACUGCUGGAGGCAGCAGUAGGCAUGGUCGAUGUGUGCGGGACGGCAAGCGUGAAGCAUGUGACCGGCGCAGUUCCGAGUGCGAUGGCGGAGCAUUUGACGGUCGACGACGCCGCCGCCAGCGCUUCCAAGGUCGACAACAGCAGCAGGGACGUCGGAAGCGGUGGAAACCAAGGGAGCGGGCGGCUGUUUGCGGCCGAGCUCGCGGCUAACGUGUUUUCGCUCACCGAGGUUAUCGACUACUCGCAGGGCGAUCUCGAGGACCGUGCCGUGGCGCUUGUGGACUCGGGAGCCGGCCCGGUGUAUGUGUGGACUGGGAGCCGCGCGGCAGAGAAAAAGGUGCGACUGGCGCGGGCGGCAGCUGAGGCGUUUGCCGAAGCAACCGGCCGAUGUGGGCGAGUUGUGUCGGUGGCGCAGGGCGAUGAGCCUGUCGAGUUCCAGGCGCUCUUCCUGGGGUGGGACGCGUCGCUGUUUGAGUCCCAGUUUGUGGAUCCGUACGCGGAGCGGUGGGAGGCAGUGGUUGCGAGCUGGCGCGAGGCCGCGCGGGCAACAGCACGGCGACGGGCCAAGGAGCGAGCCGAGGCCCGCAAGCGUGCUGCAGCUGCACGAGCCAGCGAAGAGGCCGCGCGGCGGUCAUCGCUCGAGGCCGAGGCGUCGGCAAAGUCUGCGCACAAAUCGCUGCUCUCGGCAACAAUGACCGAAAUGGCAGCCGAGAGCAGCCGGAGGCGGUCGUCGGCAGCCGAGGCCAAGGUCGAUGCCGAGCGCGCGACGCGGAUGGCCAAGCUCAAAGCACGACGCGAGGCCGCAGCGGCGGCAGCGGCGGCUGAAGAGGCGGCGUACCAGCGUGAGCGCGACGAAGCGCGCCGCAUCGCCCGCGAGCGAGCUGCCGAGCUCGAGCGGGCGCGCGAGCUCAAGAAGCAGGAGAUUCGCGCCAAGCGUGAGGCCCGGCGUGCCCAGAUGGCUGCCGCCGAAGAGGCUGAGCUCUCUGCUGCUGUCGCUGACACGCAGCGGAUCGAGGCCGACAGAGCGAGGCGCCGGGCUGAACUCCGUGAGGCCCGGCGGGCCGAGCGGGCCAUUUAGGGCGUUAGCAGCGUGCUAUUAUGGUUCUGGAUGGCGAUAAAGUGAGGAAAAAGUUCA